GUUUCGAAGCGUUUACUUGACAGACUUUACGUAAAUCUCGCCUUCCUCUUGACAGCCGGAGCGUUUUGAAUCGAAUUCACUUGCCGAAGUAAUUUCUGGCCGAAUAAUGGGUGUCGUGCGGUUAGUACAUUCGCUGAGGAGUAGAGAGGACACGCUGUCACGGUUCGCUGUCAAGGCCACCCUCGUAGGAGGUAUUGUUUAUUACAGUGUUCAUCAGGGCCUGUGGUCCAAAUCCGAAGAUAGCGUGCAGUUGUAUGGAAGGAUCUAUAAUAAUGUCGCGCCUUAUAUUAAGGACAACAUUCCCAAGAAAGUCGUGAACGAGCUACCACCAUUGCCAAGUACCAAUGAUCUCUCCAACUCUGUCAAAUCAUCAUGGAAUAAGGGAGUCAUAGCAAGCACGAAAUUCCUGUCCAAUACUCCGACUUACAUAAGCAACGGUGUGCAUAGUAUUUCAACAACUGUGCAAGAUUAUGUAAAACAACAAAGUGUACCUGAGAAAAGUCAAUAAUGAUUUUAUUCUUAUUACAUGGAUUUUAGAAAAACAUUGUAAUAGUAUCAGUGAGUAUCUUGAAAUUGUUAUUUUACUUCUAUUAUGUUAAUUUAUAUAUCUGUACAUUGUUGCCUCUAUCACUGAACUUUUGUUUAUUUAUUAUACAUCCCAAAUAAAUAUUUAUAGAAUAA